GUAGAGCUUUGUGAUUGGCUGAGAGAGGAUCGGGGAUUUCCCCGACCCCAAAAAAUCCCCUUCGGGUUUGAAAGAGAAACAGAUUCCGAGAGAAGAAAAGAGAGAGACCCCCGAAAAUGACUCCGAACCGCAGGGGAACGAGUCUUGAAUAAGGGGUGCACGCUGUUUGGAAAUGCUAGAUUAAUAAUAGCAAUACUGUCCAAACAGCAGCUUGCGGGAGAGCUGAAACACACACACACACGCCCAGGGGAGGAUCGGGCUGUCGUUGCUUUGCUGAGAUUUUCGUUUGAAAUGGCCAGCCUGCAACGGGUCGAGGACGGCACCGGCAGCAGCAGCAAAGCCCGGACCUGGUUCGGCAGAGACCCCGAUCCCGCCGAGCCCGGCUCGACCGAGGAGUGGUGCGACAGCGGACUCGGCUUCUUCAGCGGGACCCCGCUGAGCAUCGCGGACGACACCGAGACCGACUCGACCUGCUGUUAUUUUACCUCGCCCCCCCCGCUAACCUACACUGCUGCGGCGGAGCACGAAAUCUGGGGUCCCCGCGAUUUCGGGGCCCCGGGGGGCGGCGGCGGCGGCGAGCCCUGCCUGUCUGUCUGGGGCUCCGGGGAGCGGCUGGAUUCGGCGGUCGGGGAUUCGGUCACGGAGGAAUCCGCCGCGGAGAUGGGCCGCAUCACCGACGGCAUUCUGGCCAUCGACCUGCGCGACACCGCUGCUAAUAAAAUGAAAAUCACUUCAUGUCAUCGUCUCGGCAAUAACGACGACCACGACAAUCCAGCAGCCGCCCAGCCGCCGCGGGAGCAGCGCUCGGGAAAUCUGCAGCAAGUGCGAGAAGAAAUGAUCAGGACCCUGGCGUUCAUUUCUGAAGACGGAGACUCAAUUACUAUUCAGGACAGGAAACGCAAGAUUUCACCCCCCCCCCCCCCCCCAAAAGUUGCUCUCCACCUGGCUCUGAUCCAUGAGCACACUGUGUUCCUGGACUAUGUCCUUGGCUUCCUGUCCUGGAGUGAGUGUGGCUCUCAGUACCUGGACAUUCAGAAUGACCUGAGACAGACUGCCCUGCACAUCGCAGUGAUAGUGAAUCAGCCAGACUCCGUUCGGAAGCUGCUCCUGGCUGGAGCGAGCCCGGAUAUUCAGGAGCGCGAAGGGAACACGGCGCUCCACAUCGCCUGCCGGGAAUCCAGGCUGGAGUGUGUGAUGGAGCUGACCUCCCCCCCACUGGGGCGCGCACAGCUCAACACCCACAGCUACACAGGCUUCACCGCGCUGCACGUGGCCGUGCAGAAGGAGGACGUGGAGAUUGUAAAGCUGCUGCUCGACGCUGGAGCCGACAUCACAGGGAGGGACCUGAGCUGUGGUCGCUCCGCGCUGCACCUGGCUGUUGAGGCACAGAGUGCUGACCUGACGGAGCUGUUGCUACGCCGGGGCGCCCCCCCGAACCCCGUGACCUACGCGGGACACACCCCGCUCUACAGCGCCCUCUACCGGCCCAGCGAGGAGGUGCGCAGGCUGCUGAGAGAACAUGGUGCCCAGGAGCCGGGACCAGACCUGGACUGGGAGGAGGAGGAGGAGGAGGAGGAGGAGGAGGAGGAGGAGGGAGAGGUGGAGUUUGAUGACCUUGUUAUUAAUGGGCACCCGGUGCUGUAACUGCAGCCGGUCGCUAUGGCAACAAGCCCACCAAUCCCCCGACUGUCAUUGUAAUCCGGGUCACACCAUCUUUCAUUUUGCUAAACACCAGUCACAAAAACCUGGGGUGUGUCCCUGAGGAAACAGAGUCUCCCGGGAUGCCAUUGUGGCUCCAGUCGGCACACUGUGGACCUGCGGGGAGCCAAGAUGGCGCCCAUGGGAGCCCCAUUCAAACUCACAGUUUCCAGUCAGGCGCCAGUCCCACAAAGCACAGUUGCCAUUUUUUGAACUGUUUCAAACACCAAUAUUUUGAGAUUAGAAGAAUAGAGUUUAGCGGAAAUCUGUACGAUUUAUAUAUCAAAAGAUAAAUGUGUUGCUGUCUUUUAAAAUUGUUUUAAUUUCUUUUGCAACGGCAGUGAAUGGGACUUUGCAGACCGGAGCUGCUUUGUGAAAGUGGCCCGGCUGUCUGGGAAGCAGGGCGGCCUGCCAGUGAAAUGUUUUGCAAGCGUUGCUGUCUUGAUGUUUGCAAUUCAUAUUAAUUCAUACCGGAGAUUAGCUGCAGCUUGUGCAUUAAGCUGAAAGACCCCAAGCCUCCCCUGGGGUGCCUGGAACCUCUUGAAACCAACUUUGCCUUCCCUCGGCUUUAUUGACUGUUACGCACAACCCUGUCCUGUCAUUCUGCUGCGUUGUUAAUGUAUUCUGUAUAUGGGUGUGCAUUGCCUAACUCUCUGUCCCGUGCUGGAAGGAGGUGUCUGUGCUGCGCUGUCUUGUGCUGGAAGGAGGUGCCCCAGUGCUGGGCUAUCCCGUGCUGGAAGGAGGUGCCCCAGUGCUGGGCUAUCCCGUGCUGGAAGGAGGUGCCCCAGUUCUGCGCUGUCCCGUGCUGGAAGGAGGUGUCCCAGUGCUGCGCUGUCCCGUGCUGGAAGGAGGUGCCCCAGUGCUGCGCUGUCCCGUGCUGGAAGGAGGUGCCCCAGUGCUGCGCUGUCCCGUGCUGGAAGGAGGUGCCCCAGUGCUGGGCUGUCCCGUGCUGGAAGGAGGUGCCCCAGUGCUGGGCUGUCCCGUGCUGGAAGGAGGUGCCCCAGUGCUGCGCUGUCUCAUGCUGGAAGGAGGUGUCCCAGUGCUGCGCUGUCCUGUGCUGGAAGGAGGUGCCCCAGUGCUGUGCUGUCCCGUGCUGGGCUGUCCCGUGCUGUAGUAGGAUUGCCUGUUUUUAAAGACCUUGUCAUAUGAAUUGCUUUCGCUUUUAGUUUCCCCUUCUUGCUGUUUUGCUCUGCUUGCGUCAGGCCCUCCGAGUGGUUCACGGUUAUUUUACCUGGCUUUGAGCUGCUUGGAGCUUGUUACCUAGACACACUGGGGUAGAGCUGGCAGUAAAACCUGGACUGCGUGACACUGCUGUGCAAUAGGAAUUGCUCGGCAAUUCCCAUCCCUGCCGAGCCACGCAGUCGAUGCUGAAUCACUGGGAUCCUUUGAGACCAGACUCGAAGUUUUGAGAUCAGUCAUCUGCUGGGAAGCGGGCGAGCGCUGGUGGGCUGAACGUAGAAUAAAAGUGAAGGUGGCGAAGGACGGGGGAUCUUUAAGAAGAGUGAUUGAGGAGAGGGGCGGGUCGUGGUGUGGGAGAGUGAUUGAGGAGAGGGGCGGGUCGUGGUGUGGGAGAGUGAUUGAGGAGAGGGGCGGGUCGUGGUGUGGGAGAGUGAUUGAGGAGAGGGGCGGGUCGUGGUGUGGGAGAGUGAUUGAGGAGAGGGGCGGGUCGUGGUGUGGGAGAGUGAUUGAGGAGAGGGGCGGGUCGUGGUGUCGGAGAGUGAUUGAGGAGAGGGGCGGGUCGUGGUGUCGGAGAGUGAUUGAGGAGAGGGGCGGGUCGUGGUGUGGGAGAGUGAUUGAGGAGAGGGGCGGGUCGUGGUGUCGGAGAGUGAUUGAGGAGAGGGGCGGGUCGUGGUGUCGGAGAGUGAUUGAGGAGAGGGGCGGGUCGUGGUGUCGGAGAGUGAUUGAGGAGAGGGGCGGGUCGUGGUGUCGGAGAGUGAUUGAGGAGAGGGGCGGGUCGUGGUGUCGGAGAGUGAUUGAGGAGAGGGGCGGGUCGUGGUGUCGGAGAGUGAUUGAGGAGAGGGGCGGGUCGUGGUGUCGGAGAGUGAUUGAGGAGAGGGGCGGGUCGUGGUGUGGGAGAGUGAUUGAGGAGAGGGGCGGGUCGUGGUGUCGGAGAGUGAUUGAGGAGAGGGGCGGGUCGUGGUGUGGGAGAGUGAUUGAGGAGAGGGGCGGGUCGUGGUGUCGGAGAGUGAUUGAGGAGAGGGGCGGGUCGUGGUGUCGGAGAGUGAUUGAGGAGAGGGGCGGGUCGUGGUGUGGGAGAGUGAUUGAGGAGAGGGGCGGGUCGUGGUGUGGGAGAGUGAUUGAGGAGAGGGGCGGGUCGUGGUGUGGGAGAGUGAUUGAGGAGAGGGGCGGGUCGUGGUGUCGGAGAGUGAUUGAGGAGAGGGGCGGGUCGUGGUGUGGGAGAGUGAUUGAGGAGAGGGGCGGGUCGUGGUGUGGGAGAGUGAUUGAGGAGAGGGGCGGGUCGUGGUGUCGGAGAGUGAUUGAGGAGAGGGGCGGUAAUUUCCUGCAGCCAAGUAAAUGGGUCGAAUUCUAGCAAAUUAGACCCCAGACUUUAUUAGGUAGAAAAGGGUACUGCAGAAAAAAAGUCCUGUUUCUUAAAAACUCUCCUUUACACAAAUAUAUACCAGCCUGGAGGGUCGGAGGUCAAUUCAGUGAAGGGAAAAUUCAAAUAGGUUGACAGCAUCAGUUAAAAAAAAAAAAAAAAAAAAAGGUAGCUUGUCAAAAUUAAGACAAAGGCACUGAAUGGGUUAAAAUGAAAUAUGUUUCUAUUUCUAUUAAGAACCAUAAACUGAUGUGCUAACCAGGUUAAGGGAGCUAAAAGCUAAACCAGUGUAAUCAAAUUCUGCUUCAUCUUUAAAAUCAUAUUCAAAACAAAACCAAUAUAAAUUGUGUACGUAGCUGGGCUGGUUUAUUAUUAUUCUAAUAAUCCUCAUUAUUGUUGUUGUUGUUCUAGAUCCCUGUAAUUGAGUUGUGCAUGCCUGUUUUAUUGGCACAGGUGCAUGUGUGAGAUGCGCAUCCUGCCAUUAGUAGACCGUGUCUUCGGUGGACAGAGUGAACUGCCUGAAUUUAGCAUGGAACUGAGUCCGUGUCUUAGGAAAAUCCAGAAAAAUAAAAUACAUUAAAAUCA